CCAUCCAUGGGCCGUGGUAAGAGCUCUGUAACUGAAAACAAUCGUCCCGUUCUCACUUGUCAGUCAGAGCUCCCAAGUUCAUCGUCCGCGUCCGCCAUUUGGCCGUUCUCAAUCUUUUUUACCAAAAGUUGAUUUCGAUUUUCGACACAUCUCACUUCACGUACAAUUUUUCAAUGUCGCCGUGGCUCUGCCUCUGCUGUUGAAAUUUCGACACAUCUCCUUCCCUCUCUCUCUUCAGUAUCUUGGAUCGAAUCUUUCUUGGUCUGCUUGAACUCAUUAGUCAUGGAGGCAUCAUUGAGGAUCUUUAACUCAUCCACUCUCACUCUCAACCGUCACUUCUCUCAUUCGUUUCUCUUCAGGCAUUCUCUGAGGUUCCCACCAAGCACUUCCUCAAGCCUUUCACGCAAUACUAAUGGACCUCUCCCUGCAAUCACCUUCCUUCCGAACAAUAUCAGAAAACGAUCUGGUUCGUUGCGCAUUCGAUCUUCUUCAUCCAUUGGCUCUGCUUCUUCUUUCCCUUCACCUAAUUUGAAUCCGUUAGGGCUUUUCCUUUCUCUAGCUUCAUCUCAGUUCUCUAACACUAGUGCUUUUGAUGAGUGCUCCGAUCGAUUCGUUUCUGAUCCGAAUGAAAAAGUUAUUGGUUGGAAUAAAGCUCCUGUAGAAGUUAGCAGCGCUGAUUUUGGAUUUGUCCGGGACAGAAGGCCUGUUUUCACGGUGGUGUUGUUAGGGUGGCUUGGAGCUGAGCAGAAGCAUUUGAAGAGAUAUGCGGAGCAUUAUAAUUCCAGAGGUAUCCACGCGUUGACGUUUGUUGUUCCGGUAGGAGAGCUGAUAGGAUUUGAUUUGGGGAGGAAAGUUGAACAGCGGGUCUCCGCGUUGGCGCAGGAGAUCAUUUCGUGGUUGUCAGAGCGCGAAGAAGAUGGAAGGGAGCGGUGUUUGCUUUUCCACACUUUCAGCAAUACCGGUUGGCUUGCCUAUGGUGCCAUACUCAACAAGUUGCAGUGUAGGGGUGACCUAAUUGAGAAGAUUAAAGGAUGCGUGGUUGAUUCUGGAGGGGACCCAGAAAUAAACCCUCAGGUAUGGGCAGCAGGAUUUUCUGCUGCAUUACUGAAGAAGCGCAGCUCUUCAAUUAAUGUUAUAGAAGGACAAGAAUCAGAAAGUGAUAAGAGUGUAGCCAAGAUGCAAGAAAAGGAUGCCUCCUUUUUUGAGAUGGCCCUCCAUUCAGUCUUGGAGAAGUUGUUCUCUAUUAUUCUGAAGUUGCCAGAUGUAAAUCGGAGGCUUACUGAGGUCAUCUCCAUCCUCUCAAAGAACCAGCCUCUCUGUCCUCAGCUGUACCUAUACAGUACAGCUGAUAAGGUCAUUCCGUUUCAGCCUGUUGAGUCAUUUAUUCAGAGUCAGAGAAUGCUGGGAAGAAAUGUUUGGUCCUAUAAUUUUUGCUCGUCUCCUCAUGUGGACCAUUACCGGAAUUUCCCUCAUAUAUACUCAGAAGUGCUUCAUAAAUUCUUGCAAGAGUGUUCCUGUGGUGCGGCAGACAUGAAAUCUCAUGUCAGAGCUGAGUGAAUCAGUUUGAGGGCUGCUGGCAGUUCCUUGAAGUUUCUAAAACUGCAUCAAUGAAGUCUUGAGAGGGAAAUUUCUCUGGGGAAAAUGUCUAAUCUUAAGCACAUGGGAAAGUUGAUUUGUGACUGAGAUGAUCAGAAAGCUGAGAAAUAUCCAAUGGCAAUUUACCAGCCUCUUCUUAAAUGAUGUUCUUGGAUUAAAACAGUGGCAUGGAUGGCCAUCCACAAUAUAGAAGACUCAGAGUUGUUGCUGACAAACCAGGAGAGGUUAUAACUGUCCUACUUUAGGUUUAUAGAUCCUGAUAAAUUCCCAUGGAAAAUGAAAGUGGCAGAGGCUAUAAGCUGAAGCAGCAUUGCAGUCCAUAGAGCAUUGUCACCUUAGAGUUGCUUGUUUAUGUCUUUGCUGAAUGUUCUAUUCCAAUUUCCCUUCAGACCUGACAAGAAUUGGUGGUGAGAGGUUUAACCAACUUGCCCUACAGUUUUUUAAUCUGGACCAUGUGCAUCAAUCCUCAUUUUGUGCUGCACGGAUUCUUCUAGUUAGAUACGGAUUCUUCUAGUUAGAGGUAUCUCUGUCAGCGGUCAGCCAUAUAUCAUCACUGUCUGAUUCUUCAUGAAUUUUGUUGUGACAAUUUUAAUUUCCAUUCCUGUCUUUAUUUACUUGCUGCUGCCAGAAUUUUGCAUCUAGUGCUCACUGAGUUGUUUCUUUUCCUAAAUCAAGUUUCUAGGUGAUAAAGAUGGUAAUAAUUUUUCAUUAUUUGUGCACUUCGUUAUAUUAUUGAUUGUUUUAUGGUAUUUGAGGCCAUCUAACUGCUAACAAAGCCCCUUUUUUUUGGGUGGUUGAAUAUGAAAUCCUUCUCUUUUUUCUUCUUUUGGUAAUUCUCUGUUAGACUUUCUCACGUGCAUCUGAUUCUGAAGUAAACACCUCCUGUAUCAUAAUGAGUUUGAUGGCCAAAUUUGUAACAUUGACCCAAUUAAAUGCCGUGGCUUUAAUCAUGUUACGGUGCCUAAACCAUUGUCAAUAUGUAUCAUAAUCCCUCGCUCAGUUAUCCUAUGUUAACAACCAGUUUUUAUUUAAUCAUUUUGUAUUAGACAGAGACGAACAAUCUACCCUAUUUGAUUGUUUUUUUGAGUCUCUUCCGGUAAUGCUGAAGAAGCCCAAGGAUGAAUCUAAGAAUAGGGCCACCUUCAUCCUAACAUAUACAAAUGAUUCCCUCACUUAUUUAGUCUAUUUUCUAGGUUGUUUUCUUAUCAUGGUUUGAAACAAACCACAGAUAAUAGGUGAAAUGUUUAGGCCAUUCCUAAGCACCAUUAAAGUUUCUGCACCAAAUGAUAUUGAAGAUGCUUCCCUGGAAGAAAUGGUGUCCAUUAGUACAUAUGUUUUAACUUUAUAAUCCUGGAGGCUAUGGUAUUCCUACCUUUCCACUUUCUAGGAUACCAUGACUCUUGCACAAUAUUCUCAAGUAGAACAAGUCCUGGGCUACUGCAUUUUAUUUACAGCUGAUGGAAAAAUUGUUUGUUUCACCUGCUUGAGAUUUAGGCCUGACAGGGAAGUAUGUCAAUUACAACAUUUAGGCACUUCUUUACCCCAAGUUGUAGAAAGAUAAGUGAGGUGUACUGUGAAACAUGACCGAGUUAUAAAAGGCUAGACACAAUGCCACCUUUUAUGUCGUAUUACUUUGUAUGUACAUCAGCAUAAUAACAUUGACUAGUGGGUUGAAAUCUGGUGUUUGGUAUGGUGUUGAUGACAGUUCCUUUCAUUUAAGCUUUUCUGAUGACUACUGUUGGGGGGGUGUAUGAGAAGCUCAUAAUGAUGGAUAUUAUCAGUAAUGGACAGUCCAUUGAUGAACAAUUGGUUGGAAAUUUCGUCAUAAUUAGAUUGUCCAAAAACCUGGAAACAGUUGUAGUUGCAUUUAUAUAUGGAAAAAUUAAGAAUUCUUGACACUGCCCGCCAUUAAGGAAAAUAAACAGCCGUGAGAAAUCAAGUUAAGAGUCUGCAUGCAUGUUAGGCACAAAUUAUCUGUCAACAUAAGACCCCACAAACAUAAUGACCUGUCAGCAUGGUAUAUUAGGAACAUUCAAAUAUCAUGGAUUAUCUUCAGGAGUGCUCAUUGACCUAGAUUACUUUCUGCUGUUUCCAGGUCCUAUUAGCUGGCCACAUGAUCAAAAUUGUAAUAAAGUUACGAUUUAGAACCAUUCUACUUGGUGCUUGCAGUAAAACAUCAUGCACUCUUUUUGAGCCUGAGGCAUAUCCACAACGCCUCCUAUAUGACACCUGAAGAGAAGCUGACAGGCAAUCAGAUGGAAGCUUAAUGCACCACACCCAAUUAGAUGGACUUGUAAGACUCAUGGUGUUACUGGUAAGGCAGAGUUGGACUGUGGGUUGGGAAUUCAUUCACAUCUUGUUAAUCUCUUUGGCCAGUGGCAAGGUGACCUUUCCAGGUGAAUUCUCAAUUGAAAAGCAGAACAAGAGAGGUUUAAUUUGAGUUUGUAGUUUCUUUCUUAAUACUUUGUAACUAUGACCAUUAUUUGGUAGCCUUUCAGGGGUAAAAAUUUAUCCUUCAAAAAGGGAACUGCCCCUUGAUUCUCUUGAGACUCAGAAAACCAAUUCAGAGCCUUCUUAACCA